AUGAAAGGAUGUGGGCGUGACCCGCCCGGCACUGGGGACGCUGUGGAAGGACGUGAGUAUGAACCACCCGGCACUGGGGACACCAUUGAAGGAUGUGGGCGUGACCCGCCCGGCACUGGGGACGCUGUGGAAGGACCAGUCCCAUGCCUUUGUCUCCUGCUCCUCACCUGUCUGGAGACUCUGACAGCCUCCGUUCUCAGCCUGGACACACACAACCUGCACAUCUUCAAGAGAUCCAUCACUAAUAUCACAAAGACAGCUCCAAAGGCAUUUGAAGAUGGUCAAAUCCGGCUGGUGAAUGGCUCCAGCCACUGUGCUGGCCGGGUGGAAAUUCUGUACAACAAUGUCUGGGGCACUGUGUGUGAUGACGGCUGGGACUUAAAUGAUGCAUCAGUGGUGUGUCGGCAGCUGGGCUGUGGGGCUGCAGUAUCGGCACCAGGCACAGCUCACUUUGGACAAGGAUCUGAUCCCAUCCUACUGGACGAUGUUAAUUGCAGAGGAGGAGAAUCUGCCCUCAAAGAGUGCACCUUAAAGCCUUGGGGAGACCACAACUGUAACCAUGGAGAAGAUGCCAGUGUGGUGUGUUCAGCCAAGCCCAAGGACUGCAGUGAGAUCCCCUCAGGCAGCCCCAGUGGUAUCUACCUCAUCCAGCCCACAGGACUGCACCAGCUUGUGGUGUACUGUGACAUGAACCAAACAGCCGGGGGCUGGACGGUCCUCCAGCGGAACCGGCACAACACGCAGAUCACCUGGGCCGAGUCCUGGAGCACCUACAAGUACGGCUUUGGCAACGUGCACGAUGACUACUGGCUGGGGAUGGAGUACAUCUAUCGGAUCGCCAAGCAGAAGGUCUACCAGGUCAGGUUUGUCAUUCAUAAUUCAACCGGCACCAUGAAAUACGCAGACUACAACCUCUUCAGUCUGGAAGACGAGUCCAAUGGCUACAGGCUGAGGCUGGGCUCUUACACGGGGACUGCAGGGGACGCCAUGGCCCCAAACAAUCCUAGCGGCGUGCAUGACAACAUGAAGUUCUCCACUAAAGACCUGGAUCAGGACACUAACAGUGGGAACUGUGCGUCUAGCUAUGGUGGGGGCUGGUGGUACUCGGCUUGUUAUUCUGCUCAACUGAACGUCAAAGGGGGCAUCACUUGGGGUAGUUUCUGUAGUGGGAACUGCCAAGCCUCCGCCAUCCUCAUCAAACCAGCGUCUUACUGUUAGUCACCCCUUCCCCACCCUCCUGUCUGCAGUGAGGCCAACCCUUGCUCCACGAAGGGAUGGAAAAGGGUCAGAGUGUGUCAUGGCCAAACCUCCCGCCCGCCCUCACAGGCCUUGCUGGGCGAGGUACCCGGGUUACCAAGGAAACAGGGCCACUUUCCUUCUCCUCUCCCUCCCUGCAGACUUUCCGAGCUCUUCUCCACUGGGCCCUUCCUCUUUGGGUUGAUUCAUUUUAAUUAUAUUAAAAAUCAGAAUAAUGAUUUUGAAAAAUUGUAGCUUCCAA